CUCGCGGACCAAUCACACGCGCCGGGAUCCUGCCACCACACGUAUAAAUCAGACUGACAGCACGGGCUCCUGGUCAGAGAAUGAGAGAACACCAAACACAGAAUAAACAGGCAAACAGCUGGACCUGCCAGUCCGAUAUCAUACAUUUUAAUUUCUGUUGGUGUCCAGGCGUUUUAUAGUAAUAAAAAUGGCCACGUCCGCGAGUGCUCAGUUGAGUAAAAUGGUAAAACAGCAGUAUAUGGAACUGCCUCAGGGAGACAAAGUACAAGCCAUGUAUAUCUGGAUAGAUGGAACCGGAGAAGGACUGCGAUGCAAGACCAGGACAAUGGACUCUGAGCCUAAAAGCAUUGACGAUCUUCCUGAGUGGAACUUUGAUGGUUCCAGCACGUAUCAGUCUGAAGGCUCUAACAGCGACAUGUAUCUCAUCCCCUCUGCAAUGUUUAGGGAUCCAUUCCGCAAAGAUCCCAACAAAUUGGUGUUGUGUGAAGUGGUCAAGUACAACCAUAAACCUGCUGAAACCAACCAUCGACACAAAUGCAAAAAGGUCAUGGAAAUGGUAGAUCAUCAGAUUCCUUGGUUUGGCAUGGAACAGGAGUACACCAUCCUGGGUACCGAUGGACAUCCCUUUGGUUGGCCCUCCAAUGGAUUUCCUGGACCCCAAGGACCUUACUACUGUGGAGUUGGAGCAGAUAAAGCUUAUGGCAGAGACAUUGUGGAGGCACAUUACAGAGCCUGCCUCUAUGCUGGUGUGAUGAUCUGUGGAACCAAUGCUGAAGUUAUGCCAGCUCAGUGGGAGUUCCAGAUUGGCCCCUGUGAAGGCAUCAACAUGGGAGAUCACUUGUGGGUAGCUCGUUUCAUCUUGCACCGAGUUUGUGAGGAUUUUGGUGUGGUAGCCUCAUUUGAUCCUAAGCCAAUCCCAGGCAACUGGAAUGGUGCUGGUUGCCACACUAACUUUAGCACCAAGGAAAUGAGGGAAGAUGGUGGGCUGAAAUUCAUUGAGGAGUGUAUCGAAAAGCUUGGAAAGAGGCACAACUACCACAUCCGUGCCUAUGAUCCAAAGGGAGGCCUGGACAAUGCUCGAAGACUGACUGGCCACCAUGAAACCUCCAACAUCCAUGAGUUCUCUGCAGGUGUGGCGAACCGUGGCGCUAGCAUCCGCAUCCCACGAACCGUGGGACAAGAAAAGAAGGGUUACUUUGAGGAUCGCCGCCCAUCUGCCAACUGCGACCCCUAUGCGGUCACUCAGGCCCUGAUUCGCACAUGUUUGCUAGAUGAAGAGGGUGAAGAACCUGUGGAAUACUAGAUCUCUCUUCUCCUGGACUGAACUUCCCUCCCCUGCUUGCCAUACUUCCCUGUUUUCUGUUUUUGUUUUUAAAAUGGCCAUAAAGCCAAAUUAGUACUGUAUUUUGUUUUCUAUCAGGGUGGUUCUAACCUGGCAUUUUAAUAUCGUUGAAGUUGACUGGUCAACUUAACAUUAAGAUUAAAGUUUUAAUCGUUUCUUGGGGAGUGGAUGUUUAACGUUAGCAUUGAAAGUCUGUGAUCCCAUGACUCUACCUUUUGGUAGUUAAGAUGGACUGAAACACAAAUUCAAGCGCACAGAAGAACAUGGCUGCCAAGGCUAGACAUCUAAUUUCUUUUAAACCAAUAGCUAGUUGUUCUAUAUAUUGACUUGAUGAUUCAAGUAUGUAAUGUUUCAAUGAGUCUUACUAACAGUGUGUUAAAUGGCAAAUUUUAGUAUCCAUUUUGACUACACACUACACUGUUCUGGUUGUGCGGUACACUUCACAGUCGAGGUCCAAUAACUGUCCUGUUUUUAUACUUGUUGAUCUGUUAUUUGUCGUGUUAAAUCCCUGAUUCAUCAAGGAUCUGAUCCUGUUUUUGUCUACUACUAUGAUGUAACUGCACCUGUUUUGGUAAAAACCUGAAGUUGCUAAAAAAAAAAAAAAAGGACACUUAAACAUUUAUUUUUUACCACAAA